GCGAUUAAAGUUGAGCAUCCAAGUAUUACCCCGGUUCCGCGUCCCAGAACAUCGUCGCUAGCAAAUUUACGCCGCGGCGGCAAGCCGUGCACGCCGGUCAAAUCUAACACAACAUCCUUUACCCGGCAAUCGCAUGCGUUGGAACCACGCUUUCCGCGCUCCAUUUCUAUUCAACUGCACCGCUCGCUGAACUUGUCGGAGAUUUUGCAUACUGAUAUUCUGCGACCCUCACAGCAUCUCUACCGUUACUUCCCAGCCUUGGUUCUGACUCGUGGGACCAUGUCAAUAGCCUAGGGCCGACCGACAACACAUUAGGUUCAUCGAACGAAUCUCCUUCUUCUGCGUCUGGCAGUUCUGCCAUGCCUGCAAUUCAUACACUCCCUCGCAAUCCGACCGGACCUUUGGGCAUUGAUUCACCCAUGGCUCCUGAGCUUACGCCGGCGCCCAACGGCUGGGCUCGUCCGAACGCGCACGCUGCCUCACAAGCCUCGAAGACGUCACAGUACAUCGACAAAAUCACAUCCGAGAACGAGAAGCUGAAGAGAGAGCUAAAAGCCGAAAGGCUUGCGCGAGAAGAGGAAGCAAAACGCGUGACGGCCGCACGCUCGAAAGCCGAAGACUCCCGCGCCGAGCACCAGCACCUACAACUACUCGUCGACACAAACGCAAGGGCGUUGGAGAGAAAGGACAGGAAGCUGGAGGAAAUGAAGGUCCAACUUGAGCAAGAGGCCAAGAGAAGGAGGGCUGCCGAGCAGAGGGCAGAGGAGGCCCUGAAAAUGCUGGGAGACACGCGCUCAGAGACGCAACGCCAGCUCGCACUCGCAUACGAGCAGAAACACCUUUCCGAAACAAACGCUGACACGGCCCGCGAAGGCUACAAGCGCAUGACCGAUGGUUAUGAGAAGAAGAUCAAGUAUAUCACCGAGCAAAUGAACGAACUACGGCAAAAGCAGUACGAAGAUGCAGACAAAAUCAAGCGGCAAGCCAUCAUCAGCGAUCAACUACAACAUGAACUCUCCCGCAGACAACGGACAGAGACCAAGAUGGUCGACAUGAUGGGACAAUACAAGCGCGAACACCAGAAGGAAAUGGAGGAUUUGACAAGAGAGGCUGAGCAGCUGCGAGUGGCAGUGCCCAAGAAGGAAGAGGAGGCGGCGAGAUUGGUUCAAGAACUGCAAGAGACCGGAGACAAGAUGAAGUGGGUGAUGGCGCAGCACCAGCGACAACUCUAGUUGUCCGCGCUCUUUACGACUGUUAUGAUCAUUUUGCGCUAGAAUCGGAUUUGUACGAUAUCUCGACUGACGUUGAUUAUGAGCGAGCAUUCUGGGGAACAGGCGCUUUCUGGGCUUUGCACCGGGUUGGAAGUGGUAUGACUGAGGGUUUCUGCACCAACUCCAGGCGUUUUGUAGGGCUAACAACCCUUUGUGGUCCUUUUCGGAAAGCUGAUGUCGACAUGAACACCAUACCCCAGCUAGAAACAUACUCAUCCUAGCCGAUCUCGCAUCUUUAUCUCUUGCCACUUUUCCUGAUACAAUACGAGUUCUUGUCCUUGCAAAUAAUUCAAUGUAGU